AUGCAGGCCGAUUCUCUGCCUGCUGGCCCUGACGACUGUCCCCCGGACUAUUGUGUUUCAGGCCACGGAGGGCUGAACCAGCUGGGAGGGGCCUUUGUGAACGGCCGACCCCUGCCCGAAGUGGUGCGUCAGCGCAUCGUGGACCUGGCCCACCAGGGCGUGAGGCCCUGCGACAUCUCCCGCCAGCUCCGAGUCAGCCAUGGCUGUGUCAGCAAGAUCCUCGGCAGGUACUACGAGACUGGAAGCAUCCGGCCUGGAGUGAUAGGGGGCUCGAAGCCCAAGGUGGCCACCCCCAAGGUGGUGGAGAAGAUCGGGGAUUACAAGCGGCAGAACCCGACCAUGUUUGCCUGGGAGAUCCGAGACCGGCUCCUGGCCGAGGGCGUCUGUGACAACGACACUGUACCCAGCGUCAGCUCCAUCAACAGAAUCAUCCGGACCAAAGUGCAGCAACCAUUCAACCUUCCCAUGGACGGCUGCGUGGCCACCAAGUCCCUGAGCCCAGGACACACGCUGAUCCCCAGCUCAGCCGUGACGCCCCCAGAGUCUCCCCAGUCCGAUUCUCUGGGUUCAACCUACUCCAUCAACGGGCUCCUGGGAAUCGCGCAGCCUGGCAGCGACAGCAAGAGGAAGCUGGAUGACAGUGACCAGGACAGCUGUCGGCUGAGCCUUGACUCCCAGAGCAGCGGCAGUGAGCCCCGCAAGCACCUUCGCACGGACGCCUUCAGCCAGCACCACCUUGAGCCGCUUGAGUGCCCCUUUGAUCGGCAGCCCUACCCGGAGGCCUAUGUCUCCCCCAGCCACACCAAAGGCGAGCAGGGCCUCUACCCGCUACCCUUGCUCAACAGCGCCCUGGACGACGGGAAGGCCACCCUGACCCCUUCCAAUACACCCUUGGGGCGCAACCUCUCGACUCAUCAGACCUACCCCGUGGUGGCAGAUCCUCAUUCACCCUUCGCCAUAAAGCAGGAAACCCCCGAGGUGUCCAGUUCUAGCUCCACCCCUUCCUCUUUAUCUAGCUCCGCCUUUUUGGAUCUGCAGCAAGUCGGCUCCGGGGUCCCAGCAGGUGCCUCGGUCCCGCGCUUCAAUGCCUUUCCCCAUGCUGCCUCCGUGUACGGGCAGUUCACGGGCCAGGCCCUCCUCUCAGGGCGAGAGAUGGUGGGGCCCACGCUGCCUGGAUACCCACCCCACAUCCCCACCAGUGGACAGGGCAGCUAUGCCUCUUCUGCCAUCGCAGGAAUGGUGGCAGGAAGCGAAUACUCUGGCAACGCCUAUGGCCACACCCCCUACUCCUCCUACAGCGAGGCCUGGCGCUUCCCCAACUCCAGCUUGCUGAGUUCCCCGUAUUAUUACAGUUCCACGGCAAGGCCAAGCGCGCCACCUACCACUGCCGCGGCCUUUGACCAUCUGUAG